CUUUUUAGCUAUCAAAAUAUAAAUAAAUAAAUAAUAUUGAAAAUAAUAAAAUCUAUAUAAAAUUUGUAAUUUACAAAAUAAAAAAUAUUUAGCAGCUUUUAUUUAAAUAUCAUGAAAGUUUUAAACCCAUAGCAUAAUCCAGAAUAAAUUUCUGAAGGGUAUAGCGGAUAGUCAGGUGCUCCACUGAAUUCCAUCCACUAGAAAAUUUUAGAGAAAUUAAAACAACAACAAUAAAAUCGUGUUGCUUAAAAAAUGUAAGCUUAACAAGAAAAACUUUAUUUAACUGAGCCUGUUGUGUCAUAAGAUUUGAUGCCUGCUUCUGGCCAAUUUAUUAAGUCGUAAGACAUUAAAUAGCAAUCUUAAAGAACUUUAAGCGAAUCUAAAAACUUGAUAUAAUAGACUUAGUCUCAUUAAAAGUUAAUGUCAGGUUUAGCAAAUAGCAAAAAUAGCACAUUCAAUAAUACAAAUAGCUAGAAUUAGAGUAUGAAUGGAGAAUCCCCAGCUAAAGACCAUUUACUAGUUAUGACUAUUGAUUUAGGUGAAGGGAACUGUGAUAUUUUGCAUGUUUACGAGUACGAUGAUCCAGUUCGUAAGGCAGAGGCUUUUUGUCAAAAGCAUGGUUUAACUAAAGAAGCUAUGGAGAUCCUAGCAAAAAAUAUUGAAGUAAACAAGCAAAUAGUAAUUACUGAAAGAUAGCAUUAACUUUAUCAUUCUACUUAAUAUCUUAGAGGUUAAUCGCCUUAAUACUAUUCUGCAUAAGAUAAUUAUGCUUCAGUUUAGAUUUAAAGUCCUCAGUAACAAUCUAUUCGCUAAAACUACUAUAAAAGCUAAAGCAGCAACCCUAACGUAGAAAUCAGUAAUGAUGAUUAAACACCCAUAUAAUAAAAACUCAUGCAAGAAGCUCAAUCAUAUCCUGGAAUAGCUUCAAAUGGCGAAGAUAUUCAAAAUAACAAUAUCUAUCAUAACUAGCAAUUAAUGAAUCAACAUUCUGCAAAUGAUGAUUAGAAUGAAGAUAAUAAAGUCAUCCAUCCAAACCAAAAAGAAUCGAUAUUUGAUAGAUUAUACGGAGAGGCAAGCAAAAAGAAAUAAAGAAUAGAGUAAAAAAAGCAAUUAGAAUAAAGUUAACAUUUGAAUAGCACAUAUCGCUCAACUAAAAGAGUCAUUGGAGAUAACGAAGUAGAAAUAGGUGUUUAUCUUUAUCUUAAAGGAGAAGAAUUAAAAAGAAAUAAAAAUAAGAGUAAUUAGGAGUAUUUGCAAAAAAGGGAAGAAUAAUUAAAAGAGCUUUCCUUUAAGCCUGAGUUAAAUCCAAAUUCUGUGAGAAUUGCUCUAAAUAAACGCUCAGAGUAAUAUGAUAAAACUGAAGAUGCUCUAAUCAAACAAGGCUAGUUGUAUAAGGAAAAGAAAGAUAUCAAAAAGAGUGAAAGAGAAAGUUAGCAAUUGCAAGAAUGUACUUUCAAGCCAGAAGUUGAGCCUAUGAGCACAUACCUCUAUGAAAUGAAAAAGAGAGAAUAAAAAGAUUAUCCAUAUGAAGGAAAAUUUGAUAAGUUGCAUAAAGAGUAUAUCAAAAGAAAUCAGAGAUAAGAAGAGAGAUAAGCCUACAGUGAAUGCACAUUCCAUCCAUAAAUUACUCGUCCUCCUAAAGUUUAGGAACAAAUUCCUUUUGUUGAUAGAAUGAUGAAGUCAGCAACCGAAAAGGAAAAGAAGAUUUAAGAAUUAAAAAUUAAAUAGCAAUUAGAAUAAUAGCAAGAAGACAUUUCAACAUUUUAACCUUAAAUAGGGCGUCCUCCUGCUCAUCGUAAUAUCAACAACUUACCAGUUCAUGAAUACUUGUACAGCAAGAAAGAAGAAAAAAAGAUCAAAUAAGAAAAUUUAAUAAAAGCAGAAUAAGAAAAAUAAAUAAGAAUGUAAACAUUGUCAUCAGAAAAGUCGAAUUAAAUAGUAGAGAACCUCAAAAAGAAUACCUUAUUUUAGAUAUUCUAAUAGCUUGACAGUGAUGGUGAUGGAUUAAUUUCUCAGUAAAGUAUAGAUAUCUAGAAUCUUCCUGAUAAAGUAUUUAGAGUUAUUGAACCACUUUUUGUUGAAAUGGAGUAGUGUGGCUUCACAUUAAACUUUGAAUAAUUCUAUGAGUGUUCAAUGAAGCUGAUUUCAAACUUGACAAUAGCUUAAAAGGAUGAUUUCUUCUACAAUUAUAAAGAAAAAUGGGAUGAAAAGAAAUCUAAAUACGAAAUUCACGAUUACAAGCCAAUAAUUAAUUCAAAGUCAUAGAAGUUAGCUCGCAAGAGAAGUUAUGAAAAAUUUGAAGGAGUUUACAAUCAUGGUAUGACUCUACAACAAUAAAAGCAAGAUAAACUACACAAAAUAAAGGAAUAAUUAGUAUAAAGAGAAUUAGAUGAGUGUUCUUUUAAGCCAUAAUUAUAUAAGCCUAUGAAUAUCUAUUCAUUUACCAACCCACAAAUAAAGCAAGAAGAAAAUAAUUUGUUUGGAAUUCAGAGUGGAUAUGAGAUAGGAGAAGGAUAGUAUAAAAUUAUUGGUGCUUAAAAUAAUGGUUAUUCAGAAAGUCUUUAAUAAUGA